AUGGUCGAUACAAUAAACGAUAUGUCCAAGGGCCAGAAACAGCAAACAUUCGAAUCUGUACAAGCAGUCGACUCGCCCACUGCCUCUACUGCCAACAAGAAUUUAGACGACGGCGAGGCAAGCGAGAAUGGUCCUCUUCAGCUGGAGCCUUUGGCUACACGCAAGGCUCUUUGGGCAUGGCUGAUUCUCUGCUUCUCAACUGGCCCAACAGCAGGCAUGGUUAACAGCUACGUCACAGCAAGCAUCCAAUCCGCUGCAAACGCCGUUGGUCACGUUCCCGGCUCCAACAAACCAUGUGCUCGUCGCGGCGCCAUCCACUGCGUUGUCAAGAUGGGCGGCUACGAUGUCGACUAUCUCAGCUACCUCCUGUACCUUCGAGCCAUCAGCCGCGCAUGCGAAGGUGUCGUUUCCAUUUUAGUCUCCGGCGUAGCGGACUACUCCAACAACCGCAAGACCAUGAUGAUGUGCUCCAUCUACCUCUUUGGUAUCCUCGCCUUGCCCUUCGCCGGUCUCACCGGUAAUACGUACAACAGCCUCAACGCCCUCUCUACGCUCUACGUGGUGCUCGAAGUUGUGUCUGGCGUGUACACCGUCAUUGAAGCAUCGUAUAUCCCCAUCUUUAUGCGCUCGGUGGGCUUUUCCAGAAAGCGAAUCCGCCUCCAAGACGAACAGGAGGAGGAGAGAACCGAGUAUGCGCGCAAGACUUGGCAGCAGGGCAGUCGUGUUAGUGUGCUGGGCCUUGUAUCGGGCAACCUUGGUGCCAUUCUUGCGCUUCUGAUUGGCGUUAUUAUCACGUACUCGCGGGGUAGCUACGUAACAGAGGGAUACUUCAACUUUCUUCUCGCCAUUACCGUUGGAGGAUGUCUCACCAUUGUCUGCGCUAUCGCUGGGCACAUCAUGCUGCCGAGCAUUCAGGGUGCCAAACGCCCCGUAGGUAAAAGCAUCUUUCUACUACCUAUCCGAACCUGGUUUCAAAUCCUCGGCUCCAUUCGACAAUACCCCAACGCCUUCAAGAUCUGCAUCGGCUGGGUCCUCUGGAACACUGCCUACAGCAACUUUAUCCAACUUCUUGGCGCCCUCUUUCUUGAAUCGUCUGGCAUCCAGCGCGGAAGCAACAUUUACACCGUCUACUCCUUCAUGAUGGUCAUCUUUGCGUGUGUCGGCUCAUUGUCUUGGAUGUUUAGCUUCCGCCGCUCUCGCCUACACAUCAAGAGCUGGGCGUAUAUUUUCUUUGGCGUCAACAUCCUCUGCAUUUUCUGGGGAUGCCUUGGUAUUGCCAACAUUCCCAUUGGAUACAAGCACCAGGCAGAGUUUUGGGUCGCUGAUUUCUUGUUCAUGAGCACCAGUAGCGCCCUUCGCGCCCUCAAUCGUGUUCUCUAUGCCUCCAUCAUCCCAAAGGGCUCCGAAGCUGCCUUCUUUGGUCUUGAGAUUACGCUGGGUCUUGCCACCGGUUGGAUCAACCCGCUUGUGCAGGGCGUUAUCCAGAACAAUACGCAUAACUUGCGGUUCCCCAUGCUUCCAAACCUGCUUCUCAUGCUUGUUGCGCUGGGUUUGUACAUUUGGACGGAUGUUGACAAGGGCAUGCGCGACGCCGACACUACACUGACUGCAGCUGCUGAUUCCGAGUAA